AUGACGGAGAUCACGAGAUCCAAAGAUGGCGUGCCAAUCUGGAAUGGUGAAGCGAGCACAUUCCAGGAGUUCGAGGAAACCGCAUUGAUAUGGGAACAAUCCAUAGCUAUGAACAAGCGAUACUUGUGUGGACCCAAGUUGCUAGCAGAGCUCACCGGCGCUGCUAAGAGAUUGGUGGCGGGGAAGCCCCAUGACUGGGUUUCGCACUCUCGAGGUGUUCGUGACUUGAUGAAGCACUUGAGGGCUUGUUUGGGGAAGCCUUUGGUGUCAGAUCUGACUGAGCAUCUCAAUCGCUACUUCAAGAGCUCCCGUCGGCGUCCGAACGAGACCAUGAACGAUUAUAUCACAAGGAAGUGCGAAGUGUACCUACGUGCCUGCCAGGCCCUUCAGCGUGUCCUACCGCAUCAUGAAGAACGGGGCGCCGAGGCGAAACCUAAGAGCACCCCGCCGUGGAAUACCAGCCGCCGGAGCAGCUGGGACUCCAUGGGUGCGACUACGACGGAGGACCAGGGCGAGGUACAGGCCGCGGCCCCUGUGGGACAGGAGCCGGAGGAUGCCGAUGACGAUGCCACCGAGCGGGAGACCGAGGACCCCUGGCGGUGGUGGCAACCAAGUCAGAGCUGGUGGACAACCUCCUCCUGGUGGACGCCGGGAUAUGGAGGCUAUGGCUCCAGUUGGUACGGCACAGGGGAUUGGGAAUGGUCGCCACCCAGUUGGCAGACUACUUCGGAGGCGCCACGGCCUCCCAUACCCGAAUUGCUGCCGGACUUCGUGCAGGGAUGGUACCUUCUGCAGGACUCAGGCUUGGACGCGGGAGAAAAGAACAUGAUCAUGGCGGCGCUGAGCGGGAAUUUUGCCCUGCAGCGAGUGGCGCAGGAGCUACGCAACCAAUGGUCUGGUCAGGAAGCUCAUCGGCGACGGGAGUCAGCGACCCGUCAAAGUGGCUAUUGGGGUGAUGGACCCCAAGACGACCUCGAGGAGAACCCCGAGGCCGAGAAUGACGACGGCCUCGAGCCGGAGCUUGAUGAGGAGGACCAGGCGAUGUUGACGGUGGCAGAAGAAGAGGCUCAGGAAGCCAUGGCGGCUAUGGAGCAAGCACGGGUGGCCAACUGCCCCCAGCCGGCGCCCCAGAGCGCCAAGAUAGCCGAACAGGUGGAGGCGAGCUCCUCCUUCAUAUGUUUCAAUGAUGUGGAACCCGAGACGGCGUAUGCGACGGGGAUCACCACGGCCGAAGCGGUGCAGCAAGGCAAGGCCGUUAUCGACGGCGGAGCUACCAGAACCUUGGCAUCUGUACCCGCGAUGGAGGCAAUUAUGUCCUUGAACAACCAGAAGUACGGCAACAACGGCGUGAGCGCCGUGGACCUCAAGGACCGCCCCAUCUUCGGCUUCGGGAACGGAUCAGAGAACCAGUGCACCUCCACCAUCCAUCUCAGGAUCGCCUCCGACGAGCAGCCCGGCGACCUCAAGGUGCACUGUUUGGACCAUGGUAGUGGCCCGCUUCUACUGAGCGUGGAUUCUCUGAGGAAGCUAGGAGCCAUUAUCGAUUUUGAAGCUGACCUGAUUUGUUUUAGGAACCUCAACGACUGCCAGAUAGUGCAAGUUGAGCGAUCAUCUACUGGACAUCAGCUGUUACCCGUAACAGAAGAUUUCAUGAAGCAAGCUCACCCCGCUAAGACGGCGAUUCCUAGCUUGCGAGAUCUUCGAGUCAAGACGAGUUCGAGGAUCUUUUUCCGCCAAGCGAUCAAGCUCACCAUGGCAGUGGCCUUCAGCAAGCUGAAUGCCAUGACGAAGGAGCAGCUGCGCGCCCACCUGUUCGAGAACUACCACGAGCAUGCCUAUGUCAAGUGGACCAAGGUGGAGAUCAAGCAGCGCAUCCUCGAGCUGCAAGGGGACGACAUCGAAAACCUCCAGCGUGGGCCAGCACUUACAGCCACUCAGACCGCCGUGGCCGAAGUGCGCCGUGCUGCCAAGAAGAAGGCCAGCUUGGUGCAGUUGUGCCAGGAGAAGUACCACAUGGAAGUCGGCAGGAACGACACCAUCGCGAUCCUGGAGGCCAAGGUGAUGAAGCAGAUCUACGAGAACACCGAGCCCGAGCCGGAGGACAUCAUCGGCUUUGGCAAGAACAGCGCCCUUCAGUACCGCGAUAUGCUGAGUGCCGAGCACAACAACUACGCCACGUGGGUGACGACGAUGGCCAGAGAGAAUCCGGUCUCGGGAUGCGACCCGCGACUGUAUCGUUUGGCCCGGUGGUUGAACACCCACAUGAGCAAGACGACGAUGGCGAAUCCCAAGGCGAUGGUGCCGGCGGCCAAGAAGACGACGAUGGGUUACCGGAAGCACGACGGGCCAAUGCCAGCCCCGAGCGAGGCCAGCAGCGGUUCGGGACAUCAGGAAGCCCAGGACCAGAAGAUCAAUGCCUUGGCCGAAGUGCUCAGGGACCUCAAGGACGAGAUCCGCGAGCUCAAGGGCGAGAAAGCACGCAAGCAGAGGACUUCCGAAGCUACCGAUUCGGAGAUGCCCGACGAGUCGGACACCUCGUUUUACAAGAUCAACACGCCACCAGCGACAACACCGGCGGCACAGCGAGACGAGCUACAGCAGAAGCGCAGCGAGGCUAUGCGGCGCUACGUGGCCUGUGCUUGCGUUGUGCAUUUGUGUGUUCAGAUGGGCAUACAUGUGACAUGGGAGAUGCCAGAGAAGUGUCAAGCUUGGAGGUUGCCACUUUUGAACAACUUGAGAGUGAAGUAUGACAUGUACAUGGCUGUGACCAAAGGUUGUGCCGUGAACCACCGGAGUGAACCGCAGGGCCAGUUGACGCAACAGGGUUGGAAGAUUCUCACUACUAGUAAGCGACUGUCUGAGACUCUUAACCUCCCGUGUCGUUGCCCUCGUAACUACAACCACGGAACGUGUAGCGGUAAGAAAGCCCCCAUGGAACUCCCCUACACCAAGGAGUACUCCCAAAGAGUAGCAAGGAUCCUCAAACAGGAGUUGUCCUUCGAGGCAACACUGCGGGAAUGCACAGGGAGCACGGACCUGGUUCCCAGUUUCGGAGAAGGAGAGUUCUGUACCUGCGGGGAGGUGUGUCUUCCAAAGGUUCCUCAGGAGUGCGCGAGUUGCCUGAAGGGUCGAGUACAGCUGCAGGUUCAAGAAGGGAUGUUUCAGGAGGAUUGCGAUGAUGAGAGUAGGGUGACCGAUGAGAACGAUGAUGACAUGGACACCUCAGGUGAUGUGUACGUGGUAGGAGAUGGAAAAAGGGAAGUGUUCUCCGAGGCUCAGGUUCAGAAGAUAGAGGCCCGAGCUAAAGAACUCCUUGAGAAACAACAGUUCAGCCACGGCACUUGUGAACAGGUCCUGAAGUCCCUGCCCAAUUACCGACCCAAGAACCAUCGUAGUGUGCUUCAAGAAGAACAUGUUCGGUACUUGUCGUUUGGUCUGUAUGCUUACGGAAAUCACUACGGAGUUACGAAAAGUACCCUGAAGUUUCCCAACAUAUGUAGGUAUAUUCUCGCGUAUGUGCAGCACUGGUCGAAGGAGCAGAUAGAGUGCACCUCGUUUGUGGUCAACGACAAUGGUACACUGAAGGUUCAUCGUGACAACCACAAUAGAGUAGGUUCCCGGAACUGCCUGAUAGGAGUAACCAACUACCAAGACGGUGGCCUGUGGCUAGCAGGGCCACCGCAGAACAAGCAACAGCCCGCGCGAGCCAAGGUAUUGCCAAACGGCAAAACCGAGCUGGGACACGUGGUGUCCACCCGGCACCGAGUGGUGCACUUCGACGCCAAACAGUGGCACGCGACCGAGGCUUGGCAUGGGGACCGCGUCGUGGUGAGUGCUUUCGUUAGCCGCGGUUGGGAUGAAGUUGGUUCAGAAGUUCAGGGUCUUUUGAGAACGUUGGGAUUUCCGGUUCCUGCGAGUGUGAGUUGUGCGGAGGCCAUGGUAGUGAAAAGUAGAGGACCCGAGGCCAUGGUAGUGAAAAGUAGAGGACCCUGGUCAGGACCCCUUAAGAACCAAGGCAAGGCGGAACACGAAGCGAUCAAACGUAAGCUGUAUUUGUUGCAUGCCGCCACCGGGCAUGGCAGCACUCGACACAUGAUCGAUGCCUUGAAACGACGGAACGCUAAACCCUUGGUGUUGCAACUUGCAAAAGAGUUUACGUGUUCCAUUUGUCAGGAGCGGGCUAAGGUGAAGCCGCGACAGGUUGCCUCCCUGGAGCCUUUACCACCUAAAUUCCACACCGUGUCUGCUGACAUAGGGCAUUGGAUGCACCCUCAGACCAAGGAGCAUCAGAACUUUAUGGUGGUGGUGGAUGAGGGUUCGAGGUUCAGGGUCGCGAAGAUACUGACCAAGGGACAGAAGCAGACCCCCAGUGGAGCAGUGUGCACGAACUAUUUGUCUGAGGGAUGGUUUCAGAUCUUCGGAAAACCAAAGACGCUGAGGCUCGAUCCUGCUGGUAGCUUUCGUGGGGAACAUAUGUCAAGUUUCUGUGACCGCCAUGGCAUAUAUCUUGACAUAAUCCCUGGGGAAGCUCACUGGCAGAUUGGAGUGACAGAGCAGGCCGUACAAGGACUGAAGCAGCUCAUGGACAAGCUAGCAGCUGCCGACCCAGAGGUCAGUGCUGAGGAGUGCUUGAGCGUGGCUGUCAGUACCUUCAAUCAGCGUGAGAUGGUGCGAGGCUUCUCGCCAACCCAGCAUGUGCUGGGCCACAGCCCAGACAGUACGGGGCGGCACAUUCAUUCCGCCGCCUUGCUUCCAGAAGAGCCUAUCUUGAGUAGUUCCCCGGAGGAGCUCAAGCGAGAAGCUCGGUUGAGAGCAGAGGCCGAGAAAGCUCUGGCGGAUUGGACGGCCCAGCAACGAGUGACGAAGGCCUUGAAUUCUCGGACCAGGCCUCACCAACAGUAUCAGCCAGGAGACCUCGUAUUUUUCUGGCGAACUCAAGAGUCGGGCCAGGGCAAGCGUAGUCCUGGGACCAAACACGGCCGCUUCCUCGGACCAGCGAGGAUCCUCGCCACCGAGGUCCGAAGGAAUCCGGACGGCAGCACCCGGGAUGGCCACGCUAUCUGGUGUGUGAGAGGUAGACAACUCAUCAAGUGCAGCCCAGAACAACUCAGACCCGCCAGCACGCGAGAAGAGCUUGUGGAGAGCUUAUCCGAGGACCAGGGAACCCCCUGGACCUUCAGUCGGCUCUCUCAAGAGUUGGGCGGAAAUCAGUAUGAGGACAUCAGUGCCGAGGUGCCCGAUGAUGUCGAGUGGAGGCGAGCCCAGGACGUGACGGAGGAAGUGGCCCCCGCACGGCAUCGCUUGACACGCAAACGGCCACCACCAGGACCCUUGGAUCAAGAAACCACGGAAUCGAUGGAUGAGCUUCUGGCAGAGACGAGCCCUACGGAUCCAGUGAGACGCAGCAGCGCCUCAGCGGCAUCAGGACGUCGAAGGCCAGAGCCUACGGAGCGAGGGUACAGUUGGUGGUCCGAAGUGAAAGAGGCCGCCUGGCAACCUGCUGAUUCCAGUUUCUGGUCGGAAGCUCACGCUGCCGUGGCAGUAGAAGUGGACAUGCCGCAGCAGGGACAGGCCUGGAACAGGGCCACGAGAGACCUGGGAGCAUACUUGGCAUGUGCGUUGAAGAAGCGCGCGGUGGAAGUAUCGGAGAAGCGCCUCACCACCAAGGAGCUUGAGCAGUUCAAGCAAGCGAAGAUGAUUGAGGUGAAGAACUUCCUAGCGGCGAACGCGUUUGAGGUCCUGCCCGACCACAUUAAACCGAGUAAAGAACAAGCAGUCGGUAUGCGUUGGAUCUUGACUUGGAAGAUGCAAGAUUCAGGAUUGCCUAAGGCGAAAGCACGCGCCGUGCUCUUAGGCUAUCAAGACCCAUCGUAUGAACACCGAGCAACAACGGCACCGGUCAUGACCAGACAGACACGCCAGCUACUUCUUCAGUUGGCGGCCAACCAAAAAUGGCGUAUCAUGAAGGGCGACGUCAGCGGUGCCUUCUUACAAGGGCGAGAGUAUCCAGAUGAAUUGUUUUGCAUUCCAUGUCCAGAAAUAUGUCAGGAGAUGGGCCUUCCCGCUAAUACCGUAACUCGUCUUAAAAAGGCGUGUUACGGAUUGGUGGACGCACCCCUUGAAUGGUACAAGACUGUGGCAGCCUACCUGGAAAGCCUGGGAUUGGAGCGGCUAUGGUCAGAUGCUUGUGCAUGGGUGUGGAGAAAAGACGGCGUCCUCCGAGGUAUGAUUUCGGGACAUGUUGACGAUUUCAUCUUUGCAGGCUCUGACUCAGAUCAGGAGUGGCAGAGUUUGUUGGCACAGAUUAAGGCUCACUUCAAAUGGGGGGACUGGGACUUGGACAACUUCACACAGUGUGGAGUGCAGGUUGAAACCACGAAGGACGGCUUCACAUUGUCACAACCAAGGUACCUUGAGGGAGUGAGUGAAAUCCAUGUCAAUGCUACGCGGCGGAAGACCCGUCAAGCCGCCACCUCAGACCGCGAAAAAUCGCAGUUACGCGGCCUACUGGGAGCGCUUAGUUGGCACAGCCAACAAGUGGCACCCCACUUAGCAGCGGAUGUGAGCAUGCUCCUGUCUGAAGUAACUCACUCGCAGGUGGAGACAAUCUUCCGGGCAAAUGCUUUGCUCACUCAGGCCAAAGCCAGAAGCGACCACAAGCUGAAGAUCCAGAGGUGUGUGUCGGAACAAAUGAUCUUGGCCGCUUGGGUGGAUGCAGGCAGUCAGAAUAGGCACGAUGGUGGCAGCACUCAGGGCGUGGUGAUCGGUGCCGCCCCAGCAGAACUUCUGCAGGGGGAGGUGACUCAGGUCUCUUUGAUGGCCUGGCACUCAAAUCGCAUAGAUAGAUCUUGCCGCAGCCCAGGCGCAGCAGAGACGCAGGCCGCCGUGAACGGGGAGGACGCAUUAUAUUAUGCCCGCUUCCAAUGGAGUGAGAUGUUGUAUGGCAACGUGAACCCUCGGCAACCGGAUGAAGUUGUUCGACGAGUUACCGGGUGCCUCAUUACGGACUCCAGGAAUGUGUAUGAUAAGCUAUCCUGUGAGGUGGUGAGCAUCAAGGGUGCGGAAAAGCGCACCAACAUAGAAGCCCUGGCAUUGAAAGAGUCACAGCAGAACACUGGGCUCAUUGUGCGGUGGGUGCACUCCGAAGCACAACUGGCCAAUUCGCUUACCAAGAUGGGAGGCAAGAAUGAAAUCGAGAUGUUCUACAGGCUCGGGCAGUCAUGGCGCAUUGUCGAGGACCCGGAAAUGCAAUCAGCUCGCAGGCGGAGAGAAGCAGGCUUAGAGCCACUAGCACAGAAGGAGAAGCAGAAUCACUAG